CACGGAGGAGCCAUGAUGGGAAGUAAUCACCAUUCACGGAUUGGAAGCAGAAUGUUUGAAAAUGUUCCUACAGUCUCAUCAGUGGAGCGUCAGCAGGUGCUUCAAGCUCUUGAACGUCUGCAGUUGAAACUGGUGCAGCAGGAGGAGUGGACCCAUAGUGAGAGACUUGGUGCCUUAAGAGAUGCUUUGCAGAGCCCACUGCUGGGACACAUCCUCACCCUGCAGCACUCCGUCAAGCAGCUCAGAGACCAGUUGAAUCGUUUGCCCCCGGACACCUCCAGUGAGUUCAGCUUUUCUCGUAAAGGCCAGCUAAUUUUCAGUGCUUCUCCGAGCACUGGGAGUUCCAUCAGGUCCAAUGGCACAAGCUUAUCCUCCAUGGCCAGUCUGCACUCUGCACAGCAGCUUCAGAUGUGGAUCCAGGCAGCUGCUAAGGGGAGGAAGACUGAGCAUGUUCGCCUACCAAAGCCAGUGUCGGGAGGUCUGGGCUUCAGUGUAGUGGGCCUAAGACCUGAAGGAGUAGGCAGCCAUGGUGUCUUCAUUAGACAGAUACAACCAGGAAGCAUUGCUGACAGGAGUGAGAGACUUCUGGAGAACGACCAGAUCCUGGCCAUUAAUGGAAUGCCUCUAGAUGAGAAUGUGACACAACACAAGGCCCUUAGUCUACUGCAACAGCAAAGGGAGUAUGUUGAGCUUAUUGUGGCAAGGGACAGGGUUUCUGCAGGAGGAUCCAUUAAUACGGAACAGUGGGACCAUGUUGAGGAGAUUGAGUUGGUGAAUGAUGGCUCAGGGUUGGGCUUUGGCAUUGUGGGAGGCAAAGCCACAGGUGUAAUCGUGAGGACACUGGUUCCCAACAGUGUGGCCCACAAGGAUGGACGCUUGCGCACUGGGGACCACAUCUUACGCAUUGGUGACACCUCCACGCAGGGUCUGGCUAGUGAUCAGGUGGUGCGGGUUUUGCAAGAGUGUGGCAGUCAUGUGCGUAUGCUCAUUGCUCGUGAUCCUCGCAAGUUGCCUGGGCAAGCUCCAACUCCACCCCCAGCCCCAGUCACAGCACCUGUUGCGGCCUUACCCCCACCUGUGCCUCUCCGGAGGACCAGCAGAGCCAGCAAAAUUCCCAACCUGCAGGGUUAUGAGAUUCAUGAAGUACCAUUGAAGAAGAAAGAGGGUCAGAGUCUUGGAAUCUCCAUCAUAGGGCACAAUACAUUAAGCAGCGAAGAUACUGUAGGAGUAUAUGUAAAGCAUGUGAUUCCUGGGAGUGCUGCAGAUCAGAGUGGGAACAUUCGUGUCCAUGACAGGAUUAUAGCGCUUGAUGGAGUGAAUUUGCAGGGCUUCACCAACCAGGAGGUUUUGGAGGUGAUGAAGAAGACCGGCCAGACAGUCACCCUCACGCUUGUACGCAAGAUUGCUUCAGCCAAGCCUGAUUCCACUGAAAAAUCCCUGGACAAGGUUCAUAGAGAGUCCUCUCGGGUGUCACUGAAGAGAUCAUCAGAGGUCAAAGUUAGAUCUGACAUACCGAAGGCUGUUGUCACGGAGUUACUGGAGUCAACUAACAGUGCUUCAGAGCCACAAGCCUCAAUCAAUGCUGCCGACCCAAGUGGCCUGGUUGAGCGUGAACUGAGAGAAAAGUGGGAGCAGGCCCUUGGACCACACUAUGUUGUUAUGGUUUUGCAGAUGGACCCUCUCAUUGAGGAUGAUUCAGAGCUUCAGAAAUGCUCCAAGUUGCAUCCAAUACAUACCAUGCGUCUAGGAGUAGAGCUGGACUCAUUUGAUGGACAUCACUACAUCUCCACUGUAAAUCCUGAUGGCCCUGUGGCCAAGCAUGGCUUACUAAGGCCAGAGGAUGAACUACUUGAGGUGAAUGGAGUACAGCUGUAUGGGAAGUCUCGUCGAGAAGCAGUGGCAUUCCUAAGGGAAGUACCUCCGCCCUUCACUUUGGUCUGCUGUAGACUGCUGAGUGAGGAGGAACCAGAGGUGCAAGACUGGAGAUGUGACAGCCCAGUGACCAGAAGACCAGAGCAGGAGCUGAUCAGCACAUCUGUAUCUAUGGUAGAAAGUGUACAUACAGCUCCAUGUCCAGAUAACGGAAAUGGUGAGCUUAAUGAUGGUGCUGCGUUUGAUGAAGAUGAUGAUGACGAAGACGGAGAGCUGGCUCUCUGGGCCCCUGAGGUGCAAGUGGUGGAACUGGAGAAGGCAGAACAUGGACUAGGCUUCAGCAUCCUUGACUACCAGGAUCCUCUGGAUGCCACACGCUCCGUCAUUGUGAUUCGUUCAUUGGUUCCUGGGGGUUUGGUAGAGCGCAACGGUGGCCUUCUCCCUGGUGAUCAACUGGUGUUCGUUAAUGAUACAUACCUUGACAGUUGCUCCCUCACCCAGGCUGUGGAGGUGCUCAAGGCUUUGUCACCUGGCAAAGUCUAUCUAGGCAUCCGGAAACCUCUGGCAGAUGAAAACAAGACUGGGGUAAAAGACUGGCAGUCUGGAAGGGAAUGCAUUAUUGAAGAGCCUGAAGUGGAUUAUCCGCUCAUUCACAGCAUCCUGUCUACCCAUAAGGGUUUUGAGGAUCCCACUGCAACCUUGAGAAAACAAGAGGAUCUUGGAAAUGACCCAGAGCUGAUCUUAGACAGCAUGCCGCGCUAUGCCUCCCUACUUAUUUCCAAUGAUGACUGCACCCCCUGUUUCUCCUCCCACCUCAUCAUAGAAGACAACCAACCUGACCAAUAUAACUCUUCCUUGAACACCACUGAGGACAUGCCCAGCUUAGAGAAGGAGAUGGCUGUGGAUGAGGAGGAAAAGAAGGAGGAGGUUCAGCAGCAGGAGACUGCAGAGACAAAUGAAACCAUAUACCACAGACAAGUCUUAUCAGGGGAGGAUGAUCAAACAGUGUGUGACCUUAUUAGCCUUUCACCUAUUCCCCCUAUGCUAGAGGAGCAGAAAGAUGGCGUAAAAGAGAAUAGUACAGAAGUGAAAGAGACAGCAAGUCCUACAGCUCUGCCUACAGAGUCACUUCCCACUCUGCCAAUAUCGUCAGGGAUAGAGAUUGGUGACAUUUGGGCAGAACCUGACCCCCAGGAUGGAGGACUGGAAAAUACACACAAAGAGUCUCAGCAUUCAACAACCAGUGAGAAAAAGAAAAAGGGUCAGACAGUACCAGUGGCCCCUAGAGGAGAGCAAAGUUUCUUGCCCCAGAGAGAGGAGGGGGAGGGAGAGGAAACUCCAGCAUUUAGCCACUGGGGACCUCCUCACAGGGUGGAUGUGUGGCAAGAGCCUGACGAACCUCUUGGGAUUAGUAUAGUGGGUGGACGCACACUAAUCAAGCGGCUGCGUAAUGGAGAAGAACUGAAGGGAAUAUUCAUCAAGCAAGUGCUUCCGCUCAGUCCUGCUGGACGUACUGGUACACUAAAGACUGGAGACAAGAUACUGCAGGUUUGUGGAGUGGAUCUUCAAAAUGCCAGUCAUGAAGAGGCAGUGGAAGCCAUCAAGGCAUCUCCAAAUCCAGUGGUCUUCGUUGUUCAGAGUCUGUCAACUACACCUCGGCCCAUCUCUGUGUUGGCACCCAGCUACAGCAAACACAAGGCCAAGAAAAAGGUAUCUGCACCACCUACGAUGACAGUCAGUACAGCAGGGAUCCCUCCACCUCCCAUGCGUCUACCUCCUCCUUACCGUCCCCCUAGUAGGCUGCAAGAGGAGCCUCUUGCCCAGCACAAGGAAUUGGAACAGGAUAUGGGCUAAACUGGCUGACACUUCUGUGCAUGUCAUCGGCUGAAUAUGUGGUGCCAAGAUCCAGUAGUUAGCUGCAGGAGAAAUCUGAAGAAUUUGUAAUGGAUUAUUACCCCCUCUUCAUAUCUUUGCACUCUGAUUUAACUCACAUACUGUGGGUUUGUAUGAGGGUUGUCAACUUUGUAACCCUGGGCUUGUCUUGUGUUGGGUUGUGGUAUUUUACUAUGCUAUAUGCUUUAUCUUUCUUGUCUGUGUUCCCUUUUCCACACUUUGAUCUUGGUGUAACUGAUUCAAGGGCUUUUCUUGUUUAGUCAGGGUCUUUGAUUGUAUUAUUCUUUAGUGUAGGCUACAUUGUAAGAAAAUAUAUGAUAUAUGCUAUUGUGGCCAGAGGCCUCACUAUUCUGUCAGUAGUCCCUGCUCUAUUGAGAUGGCAACUUCUGAGUCCAUCUCGCUCUUGGUCUCCUCUCCUUCCUUUCUUGGCUUUUAAGUAAAUGUCUACAAUAAAUCAUGUUGAUAACUUG